CUGAGGCUUCGAGAAAUGGCGGGGACUGCACACAAGCACCCACUCACACUCACACUCACUCACUCACUACUGUAUCAGAUCUUUAAUAGUCCGAUUACAAAUGGUGGGGUUAACCGAGAUGAUGAGAUUAUUAUUAUAAUGAAUAUAAACAUUUCUUCUAAUAGUUGUAUAUAGUAAGUAAUUAGUUAGAAUAAUAGUUAGAGUAAUAGUUAGAGUAAUAGUUAGAGUUAGCAACUGUAAUUAACAUCAUGAUAGAUUUCUAUGAUCUUCCACAUGAUAUCAUUCUACAAAUAUUUGAACUUGCUUCAGCAAGUACAGUAUACGACAAAUUCAUUGAUAAUUUUAAAUUCAAUUCAUUUCAAUUAAUAGCACUUGAAUUUGUAAUUAGUAAGAGAUUAGUUAUAAGUAAGAGUAUACCUAAAAGAGUGGGGUAUGAUGCCGCUAAAAUUAUGUAUUCAUUAGCAGAAUUUGAUGAUUCAUUUCUUGUAAUUGGAUUGAAAAGAGGUAUUGAAGUACUUAAAAAAUUAAUGAUUAUAAGUGAAGAAUUAAAUAAAGCUCAAAUUCCUAAAGAAAUUGUAUUAUUAAUUAAUUUAAUUAAUGAAUCGGAUUCAGAUUGGCUUACAAAAUUACUUGAUAUAUUUGUAUUUGAAAGAUAUUAUAGAGAUCCUGAAUGUCGAUAUAGUUUACAAAUUAUUAAUGAAAGUGAUAUAUUUAUUACCAAAAAUUCUCAUUGUUAUGAAUUAAUGAAUGAUCUACGAGGUAGAAUUAAUAAACUUCAAUUUCAAACUGGUAGGACACUGUUAAUGAAGGGUAAAAGUCGACAUUUAUGGAAUUUAACAUCUUCUCCUACACUUGAAGAAUUAUAUUUACCUAGAUGUUCAUUAAUUGAUUCAAUUACAAGAAAUAUUUUUAAAUCUUUACCUCGAACUUUGAAAGUAAUAGAUUUAACAGCUAAUGAUAUAACUCAUUUGAAUGGGUUUAUAAUGCCUCCAUUCUUAGAAAAGUUCAUUAUUAGAACCAAUCAAUUGUUAAGUUUAAAGGGUCCAAAUUAUUCUAUUAGUCCAGUAUUUCAUACUUUAGAUGCAUCGGUUAAUUCAAUUAAACAAUUAGAAGAUAUAAUAGAAUUUGGUUCAAGUCUUAAAAUUUUCAGAAUUUCUUAUAAUAAUAUAAAAACAUUAAAUCAGAAACAAAUUCCUCCUCAAGUAGAAAUAUUGAAUUUAUCUGAUAACCUUAUUAAAGAAAUCAAUUUUAUACUUCCUUCUUCACUUAAACAAUUAUAUUUGGGUAAUAACUCCUUAAAGUCAUUACCAGAUAAUUUCUUCUUAAAUUCAACAAAUUUAAAAGUUCUUGAUAUUUCUGAUAAUAAUUUUGAUGAUUUAGAUGACUUAGGAACUUUACCAUCAUCUUUGAAAGAAUUGGUAUUAGAUAAUAAUCAAAUUGAUUAUUUUGAAAUAACUAAUGCUUUCACUACAAAUUUAAUAAAAUUAUCUAUGAUGUCUACUGGUUUAGUUGCAUUAAGAAAUAUUAAUAUGUCUCCAAAGUUAAAACAAUUAAAUUUAUCUGAAAAUGAAAUAAGUGAUAUUAGAAGAGUUCAUUUUGGUUAUGAAUUAUGUGAAUUGAAUUUAUCUUCAAAUAAAUUAAUUACAUUUGGAUUACCUGCUCAAGAUUGUAUUUAUCCAUCAACAUUAAGACUGUUAAAUUUAAGUUAUAAUCCUAUUGUUGGUGGUCUUGAUUGUAUUAAAUUACCGAUGGAAUUAUCUUCUCUUUCUUUAAGUGGAAUCCCCCUUGAUAUUAUAGAUAAUAACUUGAUUAAGAGAUUUCCCAAUACCUUGAAUCACUUAGAAUUAAAUAAUACAUGUUUCACUAAUUCUAAACCACGACCAAAUAAUAUUAUUCUUGAUGUCAACUUUGAGAAAUACCUACCUAUUCUUAACAAACUAUUCUUAGAUUCUAAUAAUAUAAUUCUGAUUAAUAAUGUGACAUACCCAGAUUGCUUACAGACUUUAUCAUAUAAAUUUAAUUAUAUUCUGAUAUUUCCCUAUGAUUUAAUUCCUUCAGCAGUAACUGAUUUACGAGUUUCAUAUGAUGGUUAGACCGAACUUUUAUGACGUAUAUGGGGGGAGGGGGGUAUAUAUAGAAAAUUUACUUAUUUUAAAUUAAAUAAACAAAGGUAAAACAUUUUGAAUAAAUUUACCAAUAAUAUUUCCAGCAGGAUUGUAUGAACAAACAACAUACUGACCAUUUAUACCAGGAACAUUACAUUGCUUA